CGCGAGAGUUUAGCAGAGUGCGCCCCCGAGACAUCCGGGUUCCUGCCCGCCGGAGCCCGGAGGGAAGAUGGCGGUGGAGUCCCGUGUUACGCAGGAGGAGAUUAAGAAGGAGCCUGAGAAGCCCAUCGACAGGGAGAAGACGUGCCCGCUGCUGCUGAGGGUCUUCACCACCAACAACGGGCGGCACCACCGCAUGGACGAGUUCUCCCGCGGCAACGUGCCGUCCAGCGAGCUGCAGAUCUACACCUGGAUGGAUGCAACUUUAAAAGAGCUGACCAGUUUAGUGAAAGAGGUCUACCCAGAAGCACGGAAGAAGGGCACACACUUCAAUUUUGCAAUAGUUUUUACAGAACUCAAGAGACCCGGUUAUAGAGUGAAGGAGAUUGGCAGCACAAUGUCAGGCAGAAAGGGCACAGAUGAUUCCAUGACUCUGCAGUCUCAGAAGUUCCAGAUUGGAGACUACCUGGAUAUAGCAAUUACUCCUCCAAAUCGUGCACCGCCCCCAUCAGGACGCAUGAGACCAUACUAAGUGACAGUAUUACUUUGUUUAAAACUGAUCACGUAUAUUUCCCUUUGAUAGUACUUGCUGCUUGAAACAGGCUCUUUUUUGUUUUUAUUGCUAAGCAAGAACAUCUGAGAACACAUGUAAGCCUUGGAAACCCUUUUAAAUCUUUAUUUUACUCUGUUUAGAAGAAGAUAUCUUUCAGCAGCUUCAUAAUCCUUUUCAUAGUAGUUAUGGUUUGAAAAGUAGGAAUGUUCAGUGUUUCACAAUCUCUAAAAUACGAGCAGCAUAACACAGGAGUGUUCUUUUUGUUCUGUUAGAAAGUGUCAUGUUUGGAACAAAUAUAUUGCUAUGUCAUCCAAAAUUUAGUGUCUUGUUUUUAACGAUUAAAUCAGGUCUGCGUAAUAAGUGCUUAAUUAAACCGGUAAUGUCAGCAGUUGUUUCAAUAAAUUGUGGCCUCUAAAAUGAGGAGUGAAGCUUUCCUGGAA